CCGGCGUGUUCAAUAGGACGCUUGAACUUAGCGAGCUAACGGUGUUGUCGUGUCCGUGCUCAAAGCACCCUGCGCGGACUCAUGCUGGCUGGGCACACCGAGGAUAUGUAACAUCCUCUCUCUGCUUGCCGGCUUCCAAACCCCCCCACGAACACUCUGAAUGCCUGCGGGGAGCUCUUUUGGGAACCUGAAGUAACCGCUGCGACAAGAUGGCCGCCGAUGAGGCACAGAGCGUCCUGACGUGGGAGCAAGUGAGUCGCCUGGACGAGGUCCUGAGCGAGGUGGUCCCGGUCCACGGCCGCGGCAACUUCCCCACGCUGGAGGUGCGCCUGAGGGACAUCGUGGCGCGCGUGCGCUCCAGCCUGGCGCUGAGCGGCGUGCGCGUAAAGGACGUGCGCCUCAACGGCUCCACAGCGAGCCACGUGCUGGUGCAGGACGUGGGCUGGAGCUACAAGGACCUGGACCUCAUCUUCCGCGUGGACUUGCCGCACGAGGCCGACUUCCGACUGGUGCGCGAUGUGGUGCUGGGCACCCUGCUGGACUUCCUGCCCGACGGCGUCAACAAGGAGAAGAUUACGGCAGUGACCUUGAAGGAGGCCUAUGUGCAGAAGCUGGCCAAGGUCUGCACGGAGCAGGACCGCUGGAGCCUGAUCUCGCUGUCCAACAAGCACGGGCGCAACGUGGAGCUCAAGUUCGUGGACUCCAUCCGCCGCCAGUUCGAGUUCAGCGUGGACUCCUUCCAGAUCGUCCUGGACUCCAUGCUGGCAUUCUACCACUCAGACGUGGCCAUGACGCCCGCCCACCACCCGGCCGUGCACGGCGAGAGCGUGUACGGCGACUUCCAGGUGGCGCUGGGCCACCUGCGCGACAAGCUCAUCGCCACGCGGCGGCCGGAGGAGAUCCGCGGUGGCGGCCUGCUCAAGUACUGCAACCUGCUGGUGCGCGACUUCCGGCCCGCCAGCGAGGAGGAGCUGAAGGCGCUUGAGCGCUACAUGUGCUCGCGCUUCUUCAUCGACUUCCCCGACAUCGGCGAGCAGCAGCGCAAGGUGGAGGCCUACCUGCACAGCCACUUCGUGGGCGAGGACGCCAGCAAGUACGACUACCUCAUGAUCCUCCGCCGCGUGGUCAACGAGAGCACUGUCUGCCUCAUGGGACACGAGCGCCGCCAGACGCUGCACCUCAUCUCGCUCAUGGCCUUCCGCGUGCUCGCCGAGCAGAACGCCAUCCCUGACGCCUCCUGCGUCACCUGCUACUACCAGCCGGCGCCGUACGUGCGCGACAGCAACUUCAGCAACUAUUACGUGGCCAACCGCAACAUUCCAACAUGGCUGCCCUGCAACUGACGUUGGACGCAGAAGUGAAAAGACAGAAAAAAAAAAUUAUAAAAGUAGAAACGGGGGAAAAAAAAGAGCACAAUUGAAAGCUUGGGUUGGUGGUUCUGGUUCUUGUUUUGGUCCAAAAGGAGAAUUUACUUUUAAUUCAUUUAGCCAAAAGUGAAUCAUGUUAAAACAGUUUUAUGUUUGCCAGCAAAGUGAGUGCUCUGUCUUUUAUGGAGGAUCUGUGCGGCGACACCUGCAACCCUACCCUGCCGCUAAAAUUAUCCUGGUCCCCCCCCCCCUGCUGUGGUCAGACCCCAUGUGUGGGCAACGGGCGGCGGCCACAAGCCCCGCCCCCUCCGGAUGACCUCAUACUAUUCUUAUUAUUAGCCGCUGUUGGGAAAGAAGUUGCGUAAGGUCGGCGACCUCUCCACGCCUCCACAGCUGCUGUUUGCACCUGAUAAACUUCUUAUCAGGCCCCGCCCCCUUGCCUUGGGGAGCCCCGCCCACUGCUGCUCUGGACCAAAUAGUUCUUGUGCGCCAACCCACUUGUGUGCCACACUUUUUGUUGUUUUUGGAGAGUUUUUAAUUUUUCUAUGAUUUGAAGAAAUUACGUCGCCCAACAGAGCAGCUUUUUGUUUUGUUUUGAAGGCAGCACUGACCUCCUUUUCUCUUCCUUAACUUAGUUUAGGCCUUGCCAGGUAAACGAGCUAACCGGGGAUCGAACAUGCGUCACUUAGCACCCCCUAGCGGACAUGCUAAUGCUAACAGACCCAAAUAGGAGGCUGAAACACUUCCUGGUGGGAGCGAUGACGGCCUUUUUAGCGGCAAGGAUGAAGAGCGUUUAUGCCUGUCAGAUCAGCAUCGGGGCUGAAAGCUGAUCAUGUGCAGGAAAUGGGGGUGUUUUUCUGCUGCAAACGCCACUGUUACAUUUUUUGACGUCCUCCGCUGGUUGCGGGGAUGUUUGUUGGAGGCUCAGUGCCGACGCUUGUGUGUGCGCUGUAGUCUUACGUCAGGAGAACUUUUUCCUUUGCAGCAGGUGUGUGUGUGGGCGUGUGUGAGCGUGCACGUGAUGUGUGUGUGUGUCACACGUGCACGUUACUUUGUAUAACUAGUACAAGGAAAAAAUAUCUUGGUGUCACGUUGGGGAAGAUUGUUUUUUUUGUUGGCACUUUGACCUCGUUGGACUUUUUCCUUGUUGAUGAAAAUGAGCCUGAAGAGGAAAUAAUAAUAAUAAAUAAAAAUAUUGAACGCAAAA